AUGCCUCCUCCCGGUGUCCCUGCGAAACGGCAGUUACCCUCAAAGGAACAGAGCUUAUUCAAAGAGCUCUUGACUCUGUAUGAAACACGGCAAUUGAAGAAAGGCAUAAAGACUGCCGAUCAGAUCCUCAAAAAGUUUCCAGAGCACGGAGAGACACUAUGUAUGAAAGGUCUUUUGCUCACGCACUUGGGAAGGCGAGAGGAGGGGAGAGAAGCUGUGAAGACGGGCCUCCGGAUGGACUUGACCUCGCACAUAUGCUGGCAUGUAUUCGGCCUUAUUCAGAAAGGAGAGAGGAAUUAUGAGGAGGCCCUGAAGUCAUAUACUCAGGCUCUGCGCUUUGAUAAGGAAAACUUGAAUAUCUUGAGAGAUGCGGCCAACUUACAGACUCAACUACGUUUAUACGACGGCCUUGUGGAAACGCGGCAUACUCUGCUGCGGCUCCGUCCACAGCUUCGACAGAAUUGGAUUGCGCUUGCCGUGGCUUAUCAUCUUAAUGGGCAACUCUCGGAUGCAAAGCAGGUUCUCGAAGCGUAUGAGAAGACGCUGAAGAAUGUGCCAGAUUACGACGUGGAGCAUUCAGAAGUCCUCCUAUAUCAUGUACGCUUACUCGAAGAUCUCGACGAAAAUUCAGAAGCGUUGUCGCUGCUUGAUACCAGCGCAAAGUCGAGGGCAAUUGUUGAUCGUAAGGCCAUAAUGGAAUAUCGAGCUCGUCUAUUAUCCAAGCUGGGGCAAACUGACGAGGCCGAACAUGCUUGGCGAGCCCUGAUUGAACAAAACCCGGAUUGCAUCGAAUAUUAUAAGGGAUAUCUUAGCAACAGAGGUAUUUCCUUUGAUUCACUCACAGAUGAGACCCGUGCAGAAGCCGCACGGAUUCUUCGUGACUUCUCUCAGCAGAUCCCUCGCGGAGGACGCGCGCGUCACCUUGCCUUAACAGUGUCCACUGGGGACGAAUUCAAGGAGCUUGUCAAGGAAUAUAUCACGUCUGGGCUAUCGAAGGGCAUUCCAUCCCUAUUUGCUGAUCUCAAAACUCUCUACAAGAAUCCUGCGAAGCAAGAAGCUAUCGAGGAGACAGUAGAAGAAAUACGCGGAUCCCUUUCGUCCGCUCCGUCAGAGGCGGAACCGACAAUGUACCUCUGGACUCUCUACUUUCUCGCCCAACACCAUUCGUUCCUCGGUAGACAAUCUCGUGCUUUGUCCUUGCUCGAAGAAGCGUUCAAGCAUACGCCGACUUUGCCUGAAUUGUACACUUGCAAAGCGCGGGUAUUGAAGCGAUCCGGUGACUACUACGGUGCAGCGAAGAGUCUGAACGACGCGCGUCUGUUGGAUGGUCAGGAUCGAUUCCUGAACACCAAAUGUGGGAAGUACAGACUUAGAGCCGGGCUAAUCGAGGAAGCCAGUGAGAUCUUCGGGCUGUUCACGAAGAAAGAUGCCGCGAGUCCCGCAGCAGAUCUCGAGGAUAUGCAGUCGCUGCUGUUCCUGGUUGAGGACGGAGACGCGUAUAACCGGAAUGGUAAUUUAGGCAUGGCAUUGAAGCGGUAUCAUGCAGUGCAAAAGGUCUUUGACGAAUAUGAGGACGACCAGUUCGACUUCCACUCCUAUUCCAUCCGAAAGUUCACGAUAAACGUUUACCUUGAGAUGAUACAUUGGGAAGACCAGCUUCGUUCAAACCCGGCAUACGUCCAUGCGGCUCUCGCUGCGUCGCAGGUGUAUAUUCGACUUCACGACGACCCAGCUCUUGUAGCUUCUCUCACUGCGCCAGCUGCUUUGAGCGAUGCGGAAAAGAAGGCCAAGAACAAGGCCAAGAAGGCGAAAGCGGCGCAGAAACAGGAGGAGGCCAAGAAAGCCUCUAGCUCACAGAGCAAUGAGGACAAAGGUCUUGAGCCGGCUCCUCCACAAGACGAAGACCCGCAUGGGACUAAGUUGGUCGAAGCGGCUGAUAGACUGGACAAGGCAGCUGCAUGGCUCAAACCCUUGCAAACUCUGGCUAAAGACAAUAUUGACGUGUGGAUUGCUGUUUACGAUGUCGCGGUGCGCCGUGACAAGCAUCUCCAAGCGAUUAAAGCUCUCAGCCACGCUCGACAGUUGGACCCUGAGAAUCCAGAGCUUCACCUAAGAUUAAUUGAUGCCCGGAAGAGAGCGUUGCCUUCUGCAAGCGCGCCAGCUCUCGAACCGGUCGUAUCCGCGUCCUUGCAAGAGCUGAUCCCUGACACCGUAUCAUUGGAGACGUAUAACUCGCAGUAUCUUCAAAGACAUUCGACAUCGCCGAAGGCUAUUUUAGCAAGUGCCCGAGCGUUGCGUCGACUGGAGGCGCCCGUAGAGGAAAUUGAGAACACUGUCUUCAGCCUUCUGAACGCGGAGAUCGAGGUUACCGUCAAAACUGCACUCGCUGCUCUGGCGUUCCUGCAAGAGAUCCAGGCUCCCAGGGCGGAGGAAUUCCGCACGACAUGUGAUGCCAAGUUCGAGCUUUCAACGGCGUUCAAAUCCUCAGAGGAGCUGGCUGCUCUGCGUCGAUGUGUGAUCAAUGGUACAUUAGAAAACGAAUCCGCUCAACCAGAUGCGGAGGUUCUGAGUUAACCUCUACCGCCACAAGCGAUUCCUGUUCCCACUAGAUAUUGAGCGCAGGCACAGUGCUACUACCUACAUCUGUAGACUCUACAUGUGCUAUUUCAGCUGCGAAUACCAGACGCGAAUAUUGACUCGA